AUGCCGGAGUCUUCGUUGAAACAGAAAUGUCGGGAAUGCGUUAAAGGCUACAAUUUGUUGAAGACCCUAGUCAUUGUUGUUUGCUUGGGAGUUGUUUUGCAACAGAUAUCGACCUGCAUACAGAAGUUGUUCGUGGACAUACCGAUAACAACGUACACCCAUUUCGAUUUUAACAAAACAAUAUUGUACCCAAGCCUGACGUUCUGCCGGGAGCCGCCGUAUAAAUUCCAGAAGUUAUUGGAUCACGGUCUACAUGCUCACCCGCGCUUCACAUCCACCUGGGUGUCCUUCAAUUUCUCUAGUAUUACUCUGGACGAUCUCUGGGAUGAGAUCACAUACACAGACGACGAAAUGUUCGUGCAGUACGGACUAAAUGGAGAUCCACAAAAUGUAGAGUUAAAACCAAUGCUCGGUUUCGCAAUGGGUCGCUGUUAUACUAUGAACCCAAAGAUCUUGAGCACUCAAGCAACCAAAACUACCGGGUACUCCGUGACCUUAAGGCACAGCGCUGAAGACGUGGCCACCAGCACCAGCGUCCACCCCCCAGGAUACCACGUUCACGUCCACUACAUACGAGAACCGUAUACUGAAGUGGAAGUUUACAAUGGAGGUCUGGUGGACCACCUCUACGUGAACGUUGGUGAGACCAUGGAUGUGAAGCUGAAGGUCGAUGAAUACGUCAUGAUCAGCAGCGAAGAUGAUCUUUGUACUUAUGACGACCAUUACAGUGCCAAUGUUUGCACCGCACAAUUCGUCUGGGACGAAACCGGAGCUGAGGCUGGCUGCUCCGGACCCUGGAUGGACAGCAACCUGCCGCGCUGUGAUAACUUUACAUCCAUGAGGACUCUCAUCUCUGCCUACAUCAAGUCGUACAAUGGUCACAACUGCGUGGUCUGUCCCCGGUUUUGCCGUUCAUAUCUCUACAACACGUACGUGACUGCCCGUCAGAGCUUGUACUCCUGGGACUCGACGGGAAACCAGUGGAAAGCCAAGUCGGGAGACGCAACUCUCCAGAUCCAGCUGUACCUGUAUUUCAACAGCAUGAUGGUGUCAGUAUACGAGGAGCGAUACAAUUACGACUGGAACCUGUUCCUAUCAGAUCUUGGCGGUAGUAUUGGCUUUCUUCUCGGCCUUUCCGUGAUUGGCAUUAUGGACGUUCUCGGCAAAGGCUGGUGCCUCUUCAUCAAGCCUUGCUUUAAGAAGGCCAAGUCGCAAGCCAGCAACGUUCCUACGGUCGCGGAAGAUUCUGGAAAGCAUGCGCAGUGCCCCACGCCAAACAACUGGAACGGGAAGACCGGCGAAUGAUUCAGGCUGAUUUAAACAAAUAUUUUUCGCUGAAAUGCUCUUUGAAUAACUUGUA